AGCAACAAGAAGGAAGAGCAAUGGCGACACUGGAUCGCAAACUGCCCACUAUAGAUGCGCUCCUGUACAAACCCUGGUCCACCUUUAUCGACGCAGCUAAAUUACACUGCUCUGACAGUAAGAACCCGACACGAUACACAUUCUUUUCCAUGCCGAGACAUUGAAGUUGUGCACAAAUGCUGAGAAAUUGAGAGUGGCCACUGGUGUCCUCCAUGCUAUUCUCUUUUUCGAAAUAAAUAUACAGACAUUUACAUUUAAGAGAUACAUAGAGAGGCCCAGUGUUUGUUAUUUUUUUUGUUUUGUUGUUGUUGCAAGUAUUGCAGUAUUGCUGUGUUUCCUGUCAGGCUUAGUGUUUCUUUGUUAUUUAUUGCUCGUGACAGCUGCCCAGUGCACUACAGUUCAGACAGUACAGAUUAGAUAGAAUACUCGUGCUGGUACCGACUCUCUCAUUCCGCCAGCAUGUGGGCCAGGUACAUAUAUAGAUUUAGAAGAGAUUGGAAAGGAGUGUGGAAAAGGCAGGGAGGUGGUGAGACUUAAUAGAGAAGAUAUGUUCAUAUUUGGCCAUUCUCCCGCUCAUGACGAAUUUUAUCUGGUUGUCUGCAAUAUCUGCAAUCAAUUAUUAAAACCACAGAUUUUCCAGUCACACUGCGAACAAAGACACAGUUCCAGGUGUAAACUCUCUCCAUCACCAGCUUCAGCCCCCUUUAACUCUAGAACAUCAGUGGUUCAAAUGAAACCCAAAACCUGUAUCGGCCAUAACACCUUCAGCAGCAACUCAAAGCCGUUAAGAAUGCCCAAAGACAAUCUAUGUACCUCCAUUAAUAAACAGCAGCACACAGGGUUUCCUUCGAGGGAUACACCACGUGUCCCUGUCCCUGUCCCAGUAGUCAGCCUUGAGAAGAUUCCUAACCUGGUGAAGGCAGAUGGUGCCAAUAUAAAAAUGAAUUCCACCUCCACUUCCUCUGCCUCCUCAUCCACCACAUGUUCUUCAGCUUUGGUUAAACCUGCUUUGACAUCAACAGCAUCAAAGCCUGUCCCACCAUCACCAGAGAAGAUUCUGAACGGCAAAGGAAUCAUAACCCCUUCAUUGUUAGACAAGAAACACCAAAAUGGCACCAAAAGCAGUUAUAAGCCUAACAAAAGACUUUCUGAAAGAGAAUUUGAUCCCAACAAGUACUGUGGAGUAUUGAAUCCUGAAACCAAGAAACCAUGUACAAGGUCCCUUACUUGCAAGACUCACUCACUCAAUCACCGACGAGCAGUCCAGGGACGAAAGAAACGGUUUGACAUACUCCUGGCAGAACACAAAGCGCGGACAAGAGAGAAAGAGGCUGUAAAAGACAUAGAACCUCAGGGUGGCAGGGAAACCAGCCAAUCUGCACAAUCACAAGAGCAUGUUGCAGGAUCAAUAGGGAACUCUGGUCUUGAGAACAAAGUAAGAUCAUCAACAAAGUCCAGACCCUCCAAUUCAUAUCUUUCUAGGCCAUCCUCCGUCAAGAGUGUAAAUGGCCUCAGUUCUUCAGCGUGUGGUGGGUUGGUCCAUGGUCACAUUGUAUCAGCUGUCAGAGGAGAUGUGGGAAGCAGGCUUUCAAGUGAUGAGGGAGAACUAGACGGUGCUGAAGAGUCAGACAGACUAGACUGUCACUACUCCAGGCACCACCCCAGGCCCCUGGGAUUUUGCACUUUUGGGACCCGCGCGAUGGGAAGGGGCUACUAUGUAUUUGACAGACGAUGGGACCAGUUCCGCUUUGCACUUAAUUCUAUGGUAGAAAAACAUCUGAAUUCACAAAUGUGGAAGAAGAUUCCACCUGCAGCUGACAGCCCCAUGCCAGCACAUACCACUGCAUCCUUUCCGGUUCUACAGUCCUUCAACAGUGCCAGUGCGGUCAAUCUUUCUUCCUCAGCUGUCUGUUCGAGCACCACGCCCUCUUAUGUCAUGAACUCCCCUGUAUUGUCACCAGCAGCCGUUGUAAACACAUCAGACAGAAAUCCUAUCAUGUCAUACACCACAGCCUUUCCCCAUCGGGGUGCAGCUUUCAGCAUCAUGGGCCCUCCAUUCAAGGCGCCUUCGCUCAUGUCCCCAGUACCUGCUGUUGUACCUGCCCCAUCACACUUCAAACAAUCUAGAACUAAAAGCAGCAAAUCCUUGAAGAUCAGCUAUUCCUUGGGUAACAAGAAGAAGAAAUCUGCAAAUUCUUCCACUCCUUCACCUUUGCUAACAACUUCUGUCACUGGGUCACACAAGAGGAAGUGUGUUUCUGCACUGAACUAUCAGAUCUCUUGCUACAAUAGUAUUUCAGUGCACAAUAGCCACAAUGGGACAAACCCACUUCGUGCCAAAUCUGAGCCCUCAGGACGAACUUCUUUGUCUGGCAGCUCAGCAGACUCUAUCAAACACAUGAGCAUGGUUGUAAGCAGUAUUGACCCUAAUCUAUCUGUAUCUUCUCUGAUGCACCACUCUAGGGACCACACUCUGUCAACACACAAUGCACUGUCUUCAGUCCCCCUUUCCUUCAACAAAUCAGAAGGAAAAAAGCGAAAGAACUCCAGCAAAUCUAUUAAAAUUACCAAAUUGCCUGGUAUGAACAGUGUUCACAGAAAGAGGACUGCAGUCCUUUUGUCUGUAGUGCCUGAAUCUCCGAACAGUUCUGUCCCUUGGCAGGUAAGGAAAUAUCUUAUCUGAUCAUUUCUGUUGUGUGCCAGUGAUGUUUUACAAGGAACUUCUGCACAAUACCACUCAUCCAGAUCAGUAUUUAAACAAGCAAUUUUGCAACCUUUUCAAAAUACAUCAAUUGAUUUCAGGGAACAAAAAAAGCCUACAGAAACACUUAUCAAAUUACACACAGCCUCUCAAAUUCAAGUAGUUACAGUAUACAAAGAGCACAGAAACCAGAAAAACAAUUUACACUUUGUCACAAAACAUUGUGUUUAACAAGAUCCAUUUUAAUGGACUAUCAAACCCAGUUGAGGAACUAUACUGUGGAAGAACAGAUGCCCUGAAUAAAAUCCAGAAAUCCAAUCCAAAAUAGUCUUCUAUUUAAUCAAAAGGACCACCUUUGACACUCUUCAGUAUGUGCAAUUUUAUGAACAGCAUUACCUAAUCCUGUCAUUAUUACUGCACACUGCAUAAGCAAUUGUAGGCUAGAUCUGCCUUAAGUAUCUCACUUUAUUACUAGGUAGCUGAGAGGUAUAGAAGAUGAUCUGGUUGAGUGAAAGCACGGGGUGGGGGUUCUCUAUAAAGGUGUAUCUUGUGAGACACAUUUCAAAGUGAAGAAAAUGUUCGACUACACAAUAAUAAAUGGGGUAGUUAAAGUUACUGAUGCCAUUAGUGUAGGAAAAUGGCUUUUAAAAACACAGGGACUAAACAUUUUAACAUUAAUAUCAAAUUAAUGAAAAACUUUGUUUUACAUAUUUAGUAGAUCAAAUAUUCAUUAAAAUCAGUAAUACACUUACUUAUUAGAUUUUAGGUUUCAGGAACAAACUUCUAGGGCAUAAGUAAUCACACCCGUACAUUUUAACUUUAUUAAAGUUUGAGGGAGAGAAUUGACUUGUAUUCAUCACACCUUCUACACACAUACAAGCAUUUUGUUUUUUUUUCAGUAGAUGAUUUUCAACUGCUCCUCUUGUUCAAAACUGCGUGUAGCCUAGGCUUUGGACCAAGAAACUGAAUGUUUUCCACCCCAGCAUUAAAGCAUUUUAUCAAAAACAACAUGUGCAUCCUAUUCAUAGUAGUUAUAUUGAAAUUAAUAGAGGGUGUCAAAACAUAUAGGCACAAAGUGAUUUCAGGUCACUACCAUGCUCCUCAUGAGCGAUUGCUUGUCACAACUUACUGAAUAAUUACAGCAAAAGUGGGCCAGAGAUUGAAAAGAUAGGAAAUUAGUGACCUACUGGUACCAGCAGGAUUCAUCACAGUAGCCUGAAAGUUUGAUACAUUGACAUUUUAACCACAUUUUCCAUUUUUUUUGUAGAGCCAUUAGUUUUAUCUGGUAGUAUUUGCAUAUUGUGGAGCAGCAGUGUGGAGUAGCGGGCAGCAGUGUGGUGUAGUGGUUAGGGCUCUGGACUCUGGACCGAAGGGUCGUGGGUUCAGUCCCCGGUGGGGGACACUGCUGCUGUACCCUUGAGCAAGGUACUUUACCAAGAUUGCUCCAGUAAUAACCCAACUGUAUAAAUGGGUAAUUGUAUGUAAAAAUAAUGUGAUAUCUUGUAACAAUUUUAAGUCGCCCUGGAUAAGGGCGUCUGCUAAGAAAUAAAUAAUAAUAAUAUUAAUAUUAAUAGAUAUGUCCACAAACACAGUAGAAACAACAAUUUGCUUUGCCCAAAAUGUAAUUUGUAGUGCAUUUUAUUUAUUUAUUUUCAGAAAAAGGUACAUCACUGAAGAUGUUACUACAAAUGGUCAGAAGUAAUUGCUGACAAGAAACAACAUGUCUGGGCUGGUUGUGGUUCAUCUUGGAGAUGUGAAUGCUGAAUCACACAUGACUAGUACUUCUGCAAGGAAAACACUUCAAACCAGCCUCUUAUGUUCACCGGUCAGAGGUCUUUGUUACACAUUUUAUUACUGCAGCUACUUGCUGGUUUAGUUUUAAAAUGGUCUCUCUAGUCUGUUACUAGACAAUGUAAUCAGUAUUUUGUUUACAGUACUACAUUUUGAAGUGUCCAAACUCUUGAUGCUGGAAUGUGUUCCCUGUUUUAGUGCUUGACAUAUUUAUAGAUAACACUUCAAAGCUGCAAAAUCAAUUUUCAGUGACAGUUACUUUCAAAAUAAAAUUUAGCAAGUUUACAUCUUUACUGAUGUAGUUGCAUACUUUUUUUUCUGAAGUUUAAUUUUAGUUUUGGUAGCUUCUGUUUCAAAAACUGGUGAGGAUUUAGAAGAAGGAUCUUGCAGCAUACUUUUAAUAAUAUUGUUUGAAUGCCUAUAGUAUUGUUAUUUUAUAUAGGCCUAUCAUUAACAUUAAUAUUUGUGAUAUUAAACAGUGAGGAUUGGAUAGGCAACAGCACCUGUGCAAAGGAGCUUAUCUUCAUUUGUACAAUGUUAAAAGUGCACUUAUCUGCAGGUUUCUUUACAUCUCAAAAGAAACAGGCAGUAAAGGAAAGACAGUUUGACUGCUUAUUUUAAAGGCUGGAAUUAAAAUGUUUACAGUUCAGAGAAAAAUCUAAACUAACGUUUCAAAAAUUAGAUUAUCCCUUUAUGUAAAAUUGUAUAUUGUUAUCUUGUAGUAAUUUAUAUUGUACUUUAUUAAUGUGGUAACUGACAAUUAAUUUGAGAUGAAAAUGAGAGUAUUAUUAUUAUUAUUUUUAUUAUUAUUAUUAUUAUUUGUAUUGUGCAGGCUGAAAAAAGUGUACAUAUCUUUCUUAUUUUUGCACAGUUUUAAUUGUAUAUUUAUUUCUGAUUUUGUAAAAAAAAAAAAAAAAAAAAAACUACAGGAGGUCAGGGAUAUUUUCCCCAGUAAAUACAGAAAGGAAAUAUAAACAUAAUCUAAAUUUGUUUGCUAGAAGCUAGAACCAGUUAAGUUAUUAAAUCAUUUUGUAACAAUAUUCCUAAAAACUAAAAUAUUUUCACAACAAAAAGUGAAUUCAUGGCUACUUUAGUUCAAACUAGUGCACGUAUGCAAGCUGUCAAUAUUUAUUCAUCAAUUUAUGAUAGCAACAAUUCCAUUUUUUAGAUUAAUUGUCACAUUCUUGAUAUCCAAAAUAUAAUUCUUGAUAUCAAAAUUUUUAGUUUUUGAUGUCAACAGUUCGAAUUUUUGAUAUAAAAAAUGCAUACUAAUUUUUGUACUAUGUACCACAUGCUAGUGCGAGCAAUCUAUAGGAAAUGCACUUCUGUCGGAUGAGCCCUAGAACUACAAUCUGCAGGACAGCGGUAACCGUAGCAAAUUUUCAGCUUUGAAAACACCUGCGCCUUAAUACCCCAGGCACUGUUGUCAAGAUGUAUCUCCCUAUCAGCCAUGAUGUACUAAAGGUCUGCCUAGCUCUUUCAAAUCACCCACAAUGAAGCUAAAUCAAGUGAAGUACAGACUUUUUAUAUCAAAUAUUCAAAUGGUUGAUCUCAAGAAUUCUGUUUUUGAUAUUAAGAAUUCUAUUUUUGUAUCAAAAUAAAAUGUACUAUUUUUGAUAUCAAGAAUUCUAUUUUUGAGGAAAAAAAAAUAUUUAAAAUGUUAUUACUGAUAUAAGACAGAACUGUUGCUAUCAGAAAUUGAGGAUUACAUGUUAAAAUGGUUUUUACUCCAAGCAGGUUCUAAUGUAGUUAAUUGAAGCUGUUAAGAUGCACUUAACAUCCUGUGUGUAAAUGGUUAACCUUGUAGAUGGAGCCUGGAUAAUAAUGCUUUGUGGUUCAUAAUUGUAUUAAAUAUAUAUGCAAUGUGAUACAUACAGUACAAACCAAUUAGUAUACCAAGCCAAAAUAGAACCUCAUUGCCCAAUUCUGAAAGUUUAAAAGUUGUUUUUCAUUGAAAUGCCAUCAUCAAAGUGCUUGUUUCUAAACUGCUCUGAGCUGUAAUCCCGUCAUGUGCUGGCCUUUUACUGGCACUCCAUUCCUGCAGUAGGUUUUCAGACUGAGUGUGCUGUUAUGUUUUAUCUGGCCUUUUGAAAUUCUGACUAAGUAUUUGAAUGUCUUUUAUCUGCAAGUUUUUAAAUAGUCUAUUGCCUUUUUCUUAGUGCUUAUUUAUGUACCAGGAAUGUUUUGCCAUUUUUAAACAUUGAUUACUUGUGUGUUUUAUAAAAAAAAAAAAAAAAAAAAGAAGAAAAAGUAAUAAUGCGAGUUGACAUUUUAGCUGUGUGUGUCUUACGAACUUCCAACUGAGAUUUUUCUUGUCCAGGUAAAAGUGAUAAACACUUUCGUAACUGUAUGCAACUUUCUUCUUUGGAAACAUAACCCUUUUUGGAUAGUGUCUCAGGCCAUAAGUAUUUAAAAGACAACCCAAGUUAAAACAAACAAAAACGUGAUUUCAGCAUUUGGUAUGUGAUGUGUUUGUAUUUCAGCUUGAGAUCCUAAUGAAGACUGUAUUGAAUAUGACCAUUCCUAUCUACUACACUACAGUAUAUAAUGGUUUAAUGAGGUUUAAACUACCGUAUUCCUUUGAAUUUAAGAUGUCUUCGAAUUUGACACAGCCCAAAUUCCCCACCCUCAAUUUGAGGAAAAAAUAAAACAUCAAAUAAAUAUGCUUUUACAAAGAUGCAACCUCAAUGACGCAUAGUUUGCGGCCAUCUGCUAUCACACAGAACAUUACAGUUAUGUGCUGCUUCUCAUUUCCAGUCGUGAUUUCUCAUACCUGUGUAGGAACGCUGACAUUGUAAAAGCUUGUCAAAGCUAAUGAUGCUUCUUUGAAAAUGGCUGUCUGUAUGUCAUGGAUGAUUUGAGAUCGGGCAGUAACAUUUUGGUUAGUCUUUUCUCGGCAGUUAGUCACAUCUUUUUGCUUAGCGUUUUUUUGAUACACGCAUCACUACUGUACUCAUAUUUAAGACGCAGGCUAUUUUUGAGCAGCAAAAAAUAGUUCAAAAUGUGAAUCUUAAAUUCAAAGGAAUACGGUAUGUAACUUUAAUUGCACAAGCUGUUGUGCAAAUGAUGCUUCAUUAAUUUACACUAUUGAUGCCCUUUUUCUUCACGUUUACCUUACAGCAGGAUUUGGCAACUACCCCAAAACUGAGGCUGGUCAAGUGUUUGAUAAACCAGUCUAGUCAUAGGCACAAAUUCAAACGCCUGUCAACCAUAUUAAGGGAGUGUGGAUAACUACGCCUUAUUUUGUAUUAAAGUUACAGUUGUAUAUAAUGCUAACCAAACUUUUUAGUGAAUAGUUUAUACAGCAUAUUCUGCUGAUUCUUAGUGAAAAGGAAAUAAAUAAGUUUUUGUUUUCUAUUUCCACCUUAUUUUAAGUCAUGCUGUUGACCCAUGGCAUUUGAUGGUUUGUUGGUAUGACAUGGGGAGUGUUGUUAACUGUUGUACAAAUACAAAUUUGCACCUGCCAUAUUGUGCUUUCCUACUACAGAUUUAAAACCUUUCUAGAAAUCCUUAAAGCAUGUUAAAAAAAAAACAAAAAACUAAA